AUGUGCCACUUUCAGGUCUCCUCACACUGCUGGUGUGUUCCAUUUUGUCAUAGGGUGCUGGCAGAUUACGGGCCUCCCAUUGCUGCUGCCAGGCCCGUAAUCUGCCAUGGGCCCCCGUACCGCCUCCUCAUGCUGCUGCCAGGUCCAGAGUCUCUCAUGGGUCCCUGUACGGCCUCCCAUUGCUGCUGUCUCCAUCGCCACACUCUGCCAUGUGCCACUUUCAGGUCUCCUCACACUGCUGGUAGGUUCCAUAUUUGUCAUAGGGUGCUGUAUGGCCUCCCAUUGCUGCUGCCUCCACCGCCACACUGUGGCUCCACACUCUGGUUUUGGCCCGUGACUGCCCAAUGAGUGAAGUGUGCGGUGAUUCUAAGAUCGACGGAACUCAUCUGCAUGUCAUACUGACUGACAGUAUUAUUUCUCUUCCCCAGCAGACUCCAAGGGCAUUUAAAUUAAAGGUACAGUGUUCUGCAAUAAUAUAA